GGGAGGUCGGGGGCGGGGAGCAGGAGGCGGCGGGCCCCGGGAAGAAAAGAACAUGGCUCCUGCAGCGCGCUGCGCCGAGCGCGGCGAAGGGCGAAGGCGCGCGGGGCGCCAGUGACCGCGAUGGUGAACUCGAGUCGCGUGCAGCCGCAGCAGCCCGGGGCCCCGAAGCGGUCGCCAGCGUCCCGAGCGGCCGGCCCCGGCCGGCUGAUGGCGGGCGGCGCGGCCGUGGGCGCCGGCCUCGGGGCUCCAAGCGGCCUCCGCGAGCAGAGGGGCCUGGAGAUCGAGAUGGAGCGUAUCCGGCAGGCGGCCGCGCGGGACCCCCCGGCCGGAGCCUCAGCGUCCCCCUCUCCUCCGCUCUCGUCGUGCUCGCGGCAGGCUUGGAGCCGUGACAACCCAGGCUUCGAGGCCGAGGAGGAGGAGGAGGAAGAGGAGGUGGAAGGAGAGGAAGGAGGAAUGGUGGUGGAGAUGGACGUGGAGUGGCGCCCGGGCAGCCGGAGGUCGGCCGCCUCCUCCGCCGUGAGCUCCGUGGGCGCCCGGGGCCGGGGGCUGGGGGGUUACCACGGCACUGGCCACCCGAGCGGGAGGCGGCGCCGGCGAGAGGACCAGGGCCCGCCGAGUCCCAGCCCGGCCGGCGGCGGGGACCCGCUGCAUCGCCACCUCCCCCUGGACGGGCAGCCGCCCCGAGUGGCCUGGGCCGAGAGGCUGGUUCGUGGGCUGCGAGGUCUCUGGGGAACAAGACUCAUGGAAGAAAGCAACACUAACCGAGAGAAGUAUCUUAAAAGUGUUUUACGGGAGCUGGCCACAUACCUCCUUUUUCUCAUAGUCUUGUGCAUUUUGACCUAUGGGAUGAUGAGUUCCAGUGUGUACUACUAUACCCGGAUAAUGUCACAACUCUUCCUAGACACCCCAGUGUCCAAAACAGAGAAAACAAACUUUAAAACUCUUUCUUCAGUGGAAGACUUCUGGAAGUUCACAGAAGGUGCCUUAUUGGAUGGGCUGUACUGGAAGACACAGCCCAGCAACAGAACCGAAGCUGACAACCGAAGCUUCAUCUACUACGAGAACCUCCUGUUAGGGGUGCCACGUAUCCGGCAACUCAAAGUCAGAAAUGGAUCCUGUUCUAUCCCCCAGGACUUGAGAGAUGAGAUUAAAGAAUGCUAUGAUGUCUACUCAGUCAGUAGUGAAGACAGAGCUCCUUUCGGUCCAAGAAAUGGAACUGCUUGGAUCUACACAAGUGAAAAAGACUUGAAUGGGAGUAGCCACUGGGGAAUGAUUGCAACCUAUAGUGGAGCUGGCUAUUACCUGGAUUUGUCAAGAACAAGAGAGGAGACAGCUGCUCAGGUUGCUAGCCUCAAGAAAAAUGGCUGGCUGGACCGAGGAACCAGGGCAACUUUUAUUGACUUUUCAGUAUACAACGCCAACAUUAACCUGUUCUGUGUGAUCAGGUUAUUGGUUGAAUUCCCAGCAACAGGCGGUGUGAUUCCAUCUUGGCAAUUUCAGCCUGUAAAGCUGAUCCGAUAUGUCACAACUUUUGAUUUCUUCCUGGCAGCCUGUGAGAUUAUCUUUUGUUUUUUUAUCCUUUACUAUGUGGUGGAAGAGAUACUGGAAAUUCGCAUUCACAAGCUACACUAUUUCAGGAGUUUCUGGAAUUGUCUGGAUGUUGUGAUCAUUGUGCUGUCAGUGGUAGCUAUAGGAAUUAACAUAUAUAGAACAUCCAAUGUGGAGGUGCUACUACAGUUUCGAGAAGAUCAAAAUACUUUCCCCAACUUUGAGCAUCUGGCAUACUGGCAAAUACAGUUCAACAAUAUAGCUGCUGUCAUCGUAUUUUUUGUCUGGAUUAAGCUCUUCAAAUUCAUCAACUUUAACAGGACCAUGAGUCAGCUCUCCACAACCAUGUCUCGGUGUGCCAAAGACCUCUUUGGCUUUGCAAUUAUGUUCUUCAUUAUUUUCUUAGCGUAUGCUCAGUUGGCCUACCUCGUCUUUGGCACUCAAGUUGAUGACUUCAGUACUUUCCAAGAGUGUAUUUUCACUCAAUUCCGUAUCAUUUUGGGUGAUAUCAACUUCGCAGAGAUUGAGGAAGCUAAUCGAGUUUUGGGACCAAUUUAUUUCACUACAUUUGUGUUCUUUAUGUUCUUCAUUCUUUUGAAUAUGUUUUUGGCCAUCAUCAAUGAUACUUACUCUGAAGUUAAAUCUGAUUUGGCCCAGCAGAAAGCUGAAAUGGAACUCUCAGAUCUUAUCAAAAAGGGCUACCAUAAAGCCUUGGUCAAACUAAAACUGAAAAAAAAUGCUGUGGAUGACAUUUCUGAGAGUCUGAGGCAAGGGGGAGGCAAGUUAAACUUUGAUGAACUUCGACAAGAUCUCAAAGGGAAGGGCCAUACUGAUGCAGAGAUCGAGGCAAUAUUCACAAAAUAUGACCAAGAUGGAGAUCAAGAACUGACCGAACAUGAACAUCAGCAGAUGAGAGACGACUUGGAAAAAGAGAGGGACCUGGAUCUGGACCACAGCUCUUUACCACGUCCCAUGAGUAGCCGAAGUUUCCCACGAAGCCUGGAUGAUUCUGAGGAGGAUGAUGAUGAAGACAGUGGGCAUAGCUCCAGAAGGAGGGGAAGCAUCUCCAGUGGGGUUUCUUAUGAAGAAUUUCAAGUGCUGGUGAGACGAGUGGACCGCAUGGAGCACUCCAUCGGCAGCAUCGUGUCCAAGAUUGACGCUGUGAUCGUGAAGCUGGAGAUCAUGGAGCGGGCCAAACUGAAGAGAAGGGAAGUGUUGGGAAGGCUGCUGGAUGGGGUGGCGGAGGAUGAAAGACUGGGUCGUGACAGUGAAAUCCACAGGGAGCAGAUGGAGCGGCUAGUACGGGAGGAACUGGGGCGCUGCGAAUCCGAUGAUGCAGCUUCCCAAACUAGUCAUGGUCUAGGCACACCCGUGGGACUGAACGGUCAAGCUCGCCCCAGAAGCUCCCGCCCUUCUUCCUCCCAGUCUACAGAAGGAAUGGAAGGUGUAGGUGCAAACGGGAGUUCCAAUAUCCACGUCUAGGAUGUGUGCUAGUAUGUGUUCCUAAUCGGUGAGAAAGGGGCUGACGUGUCCUGCAUUGCCAGGGCAGGUACACUCUUUAUAUGCCCUGACCACCGUAGGAUGCCGGUCUUUGUGACCAGCCAUUAAGUCUUCUGCACUUUAAUUUAUUUUAGAUAAACCUUGCCCAUGGAUCAAAGAAGAUUUUUUUUUUCUCAUGUAAGAAAUCUAGGUGUAAAUAUUGAGUCUAGAAAAAAAGUCUUUGUAAAGUAUAUGGAGUGGUAUGCCCACUUGCUACCAUGGAUGAGUCUUCUCAGUUGACAAUGAAGUAGCCUUUAAAGUGAGGAGAGAAGCGUCAAAAGGCUUCUGAGUUUUAUUUCCAAUCAUGAAAAUCAGUAUUGUCAUUUUUGCCCAGUGUGUGAAGGGAAAGUAGGGGCAUUCCUUCCCAUGCAGGCUGAGCUCAUGGAUGUAAUACAUAGCUUUCUUUUAAGAAAGGAGCCUUUUGUUUCAACUACCUUCCCCGGGGUAAACUUUUCUAAAAGAUAAACUCGAAAAGAACUCCAAACCAUAGAAUGGGUAUGUAGUCAUUAUGCUAGAAUUUGUAUGAAUGGUUAAGAUAAAUGUUGGAUACUGUGCUUUUCUUUGGGUAUUAUAUCAUAUCUAAUGUCUGUGGGAAUAACUGUUUCACUUAAUUCACACUAUUUUUGCUCUGAACUGCAUGAAGCCACCGAAGAUUGAUUGUGGAUUAAAAUGUCAUCUCCAACCAUAACAUGGGAAAAUUGGAAGGAGCCCUAUCACUAAGUUUGACUUACUCUAAUAAUUAGUUUAGUAUAAAGAUUUGUCCAUAUAUUCUCUUCCCAGGUGGCCCAACUUAUUUGCAACUGAUUUUAAUGUAACUAAUCUGGGAAGGCCAACUUACUAAAUGUUUUAAGUAUGUACUGAAGGUUUUAACUCAGCAAAUAUGUUCAUUUUACACAAGAAUUUAAAGUUUUGAAAUUCACAUAUAAAUAUUGUGAGACUAAAGUUUGAGUUUUAUGCCGUUUUGAGAAUAUAGAACUCAAAUACUUUUUUUUUUUUAUGAGAGGGAGGGGCAGAGGAAGAGGGAGAGAGACAACCUUAAGCAGGCUCCAUGCUCAGCACAGAGCCCAACAUGAGGCUCGAUCUCUUGACCCUGAGAUCAUGGCCUGAGCCGAAAUCAAGAGUUGGAGACUUAACCAGCUGAGCCACCCAGGCACUCUGAGAACUCAGAUACUCUUGAUCCUGCAUUUCAAAACUAGAAUUUAUAAUCUAAAUGGAGCUCAGUUUAAUCAAAAGGAGUUUCUGGUAUUGAAAAUUCAUUAUCAGAAUGUAUCAGCCAAAGUUUGAAUUUGCAGCAGAUUUUUUUUUAGGAGAGGGUCUCACCAAAUUUAUGGAGAAGAAAUCUAUUUCUCAAUUUGAUCUUAUUUUUCAAAAGUGUUGAAUGAGGUAACCUUUUGAGAGCUAAUGGGAUGAGCAAGGGAGAAUGCAGUGUUGGUGAAUUAACUCUGACUCGGAGAACAAUAGAAGAGAGGCCUGUGUUUUAGUGCCUUGUUCUGAAUUCACAUGUUGUUCAUGUAAUUGGUAGAAUAUGUCAGUCAAAUCUUCAAUGAAAACACGAGCAAAUGAACUUUAAAAGCUGGCUUCGAUAGAAGUGGUACACAUUGGGUUUCUUUCACAGUAUUUCUCACGGCUUUCUUUCCAUCUUUACUUUCUUUUGAAUAUGCUACACAAAGUUCUUUAUUACUAGGUACUACAGUUUGCAUUCCAGGGAUAUUGAGUGUAUGUAUUUAUAUUUGUGUACCGUGUUGUUACCUGUAAACAAACUUCAAUUUGAAGUGCAGCCAUUAUGUGGUAUCCAUGUGUAUUGACCACGUGCCAUAUAUCAAUUAUGGUCACUAGAAAGUCUUUCUGUAUACUUAUUAUUAUACUGUUUCUCAUUCCACCUGAAAGACUUUACAACAUUCUUUUUUUACCCGUAAGUUACAUUUUUUCUCUUUAGUCAUGGAGAACUCCUUCUCAUCCCUGUCCUGUCACCUUCCCCUCUAUAUUUGUAUUAUUAAGAAGAUGUUACAUAUGCAAGGCUCUUGACAAUCGAGAAUUUCAUUAAUGUGUAAUAUUGAGCUCUUUACUUCUCAAUAAAGACUUGGGAUAACAACAGAUGUUAUAGUUGUCUAUUUCCUAAGGAGAAGGAGCUGGGCAAUUUGUUAUCAUGAGACUCAUUAGUAAAGACUUACACUUUGAAAAAGGCAUCUUCUUUUUUUAUGUCCAAAGAACAAUAUGAUUGACACAUUACUUCUUCUGCAAUAUGUACUUCUAGGAGGUUAUUCUGAGGAUUGUGU